GGAGCCUGGCGAGUCGCUGGGGGAAACCGAGCAGACGCCUAGAGCAGCCCGGAGCAUUGGAAGGUGAUCGCGCUAGUCGGACUCGCGGAUCGCAGCCUGUAGAUCGCGGCCGGGGCCUGGAGAACAGUCCCAAGUGAAGGGAUCCUCUUCCUGAAGGAGGGGAUCAUGGCUUCCUUGUUACUCGCCCGGCGGGUGGCCUGCAGCUCCCAGAAAAACUUCUGCCUCUUCACACCUGGAUCCAGAUGUAUCAGUCAAGCUGCUGCCAAAAUUGACAUUGAAUUUGAUUACGAUGGGCCACUGAUGAAGACAGAAGUCCCGGGGCCUAGAUCUCAGGAGUUAAUGAAACAGCUGAACACAAUCCAGAACGCAGAGGCUGUGCACUUUUUCUGCAACUAUGAAGAAAGCCGGGGCAACUACCUGGUGGAUGUGGAUGGCAACCGCAUGCUGGACCUGUAUUCCCAGAUUUCCUCUGUCCCCAUAGGUUACAACCAUCCAGCUCUGGCGAAACUCAUCCAACAGCCUCAAAACGCGAGUACUUUCAUCAACAGACCUGCCUUGGGCAUCCUGCCUCCAGAGAAUUUUGUUGACAAGCUCCGGGAGUCCUUGAUGUCGGUGGCACCCAAAGGCCUGUCCCAGCUCAUCACCAUGGCCUGUGGCUCCUGCUCUAAUGAGAACGCAUUCAAGACCAUCUUCAUGUGGUACCGGAGUAAGGAACGAGGCCAGAGAGGUUUCUCAAAGGAGGAGCUGGAGACCUGCAUGGUUAACCAGAGUCCUGGAUGCCCUGACUACAGCAUCCUCUCCUUCAUGGGCGCCUUCCACGGGAGGACUAUGGGAUGCUUAGCGACCACACACUCAAAAGCAAUUCACAAGAUCGACAUCCCUUCCUUUGACUGGCCCAUUGCUCCAUUCCCACGGCUGAAAUACCCGCUGGAGGAGUUCGUGAAGGACAACCAGCAAGAGGAGGCCCGGUGCCUAGAAGAGGUGGAAGAUCUAAUUGUGAAAUAUCGGAAAAAGAAGAGAACAGUGGCUGGAAUCAUCGUUGAGCCCAUCCAGUCUGAGGGCGGAGACAAUCACGCCUCAGACGACUUCUUCCGGAAACUGAGAGACAUCGCCCGGAAGCAUGGCUGUGCCUUCUUGGUGGAUGAAGUUCAGACUGGAGGGGGCUGCACGGGCAAGUUCUGGGCCCACGAGCACUGGGGCUUGGAUGACCCAGCUGAUGUAAUGUCCUUCAGCAAGAAGAUGAUGACAGGGGGCUUCUUCCACAAGGAGGAGUUCCGGCCAAAUGCUCCGUACCGGAUCUUCAACACCUGGCUGGGAGACCCAUCCAAGAACUUGCUGCUGGCUGAGGUCAUCAAUAUCAUCAAGCGGGAGGACCUGCUCAACAAUGUGACCCAUGCCGGGAAGACCCUGCUCACAGGGCUGCUGGACCUCCAGGCCCGGUACCCCCAGUUCAUCAGCAGAGCGAGAGGACGAGGCACCUUUUGUUCCUUCGACACUCCAGACGAAUCCGUACGGAAUAAACUCAUCCUAACCGCCAGAAACAAAGGUGUGGUGCUGGGGGGCUGUGGUGACAAGUCCAUCCGUUUCCGUCCCACACUGGUCUUCAGGGAUCACCACGCUCACCUGUUCCUCAACAUCUUCAGUGACAUCUUAGCAGACUUCAAGUAAAGAAGCCGUUCCCGUGACAUUCAGAGAAAGCCUGGUCAGCGGUGUCAACCUGAUUAGUUUGCCUAAUUCAUAUUUUCACUUCCAAGUUUAUCAGAGGCGAAUGCAUUAACUGAAGGGUCCUUUGUGGGGCAGGCUCAUCGUUCAGUGGUUGUGGAGGAAGAGCGGGUCAGGAGGACCUGGGUUUGAGUUUCCUCCCUGCAGGACUCAUGGUGCCAAUUGGUUAAAGCCCUUAAGUUCUGUGUAAGCUUGGACACUGUCUUAGGAAAGACCAUGAGGCCAUAUUUCUGCCAACCCUGGACCAACCAGUUUCUUAGAAGCCACUCAAUGCCAUUAUACCUGCUCUGAGGAGGGCGGGCAGGAUCCUUGGGUCUCUGUCCAUCUCAAGUACCCUGUUCUGGGAUUAGAGAUGCUGAUGUCCUCUUGUCCUCCACAAACCAAAUCUCCUUGCUUCUCACCAAAUCCCUAGCUCCAUGCCCCACUCGUGACUUAGUGAGGGUCUGAUGGCUCUCAGGAAGAUGACAGGUAGGGAGAUAAGGGGUGUGUUUGAGGGAGAGGAGGGGCUUCUGGUAUCCUAGACACCAAGAUCCUGUGCUCUUGGUGGUGUCCCUGGCCUGCAAACUCUGUCCCUGACUGACCUGUGCUCCUGGAGGAUCUCUGAGUGGCAUCCGUGGUAGUUCUUAGGCAACAGUCUCCACCCUGAGUCAGUCUUGACCCAAGGGAAGGAAACUACAUCCCGAGCACCCAGGGAACACGUGGGAGCUGAGGUUGCCUCUGGAGCCCGAGCUGAGGAGCAUGAGCAGUAUAGCCACAGGCCCUCUGACCUGUGACCCCUCAUCCUGGGACCUUCAUAACCCAGCCUUCACUCAUCCACCUUCCCGUCUCUCCAGAGCAGGGCUCUUCCAUCCCAGGGGACCACUGCUAGACUUCUUGCUAAAGGCGAUGUGUUCAUUAUAAAGGCAUAAGACAGCACACGUGGAAAAGCAGCUUGCUGGUUCAUGAUGGUAUUCUUGGACUUGCCCUGCCCCCCAGCCCCACCCCAUACCACCCCACCGAGAGCCUGGGCCUUUCCUGAACUGGGAGCUUACAUUACCCUUAGCCAGCAGCCAAUGCUGAUGCAGGCUCCAGCAUCUCCGCUGGAGGCGUGGUGUUCUUAGAGCUGACUUGACCUGAGAGGCUCCUGAGCAGAGCCCCUCCCCUUCAGAGAGGCAGCGGUUAACAGGUAGACCACAGGGGGAUGAUUUGUCUUCUCCCAAUAUCUGCUUUGCAUCCUGGAACCCUCGUUGAGUAUCUGGAGAGAUGGGUAUACCAGGCUUCCCAGUUCAGCCCUUUGCUCUUGAAUCGUCCAAAGAUCUGGCUUCCAUGCUUCCUUAGGCAUGGUCAUCAAUUCACCUGCCUUGAAGAUGAAAGGCAUUGGCAUGCUUAAUAGAAACAGCCGAUCCAUGAGUCCCAGUUCGCCUCACUACCCUGCAGUCUGAGACUCAGCCAUCCCUUUUCAUUUCCACAACCAUGUAAGGGAUGGGGUUUGCCUCCCUCCCUCCCUGUAAGGUUUCAUCCACCAGUAUGUCUAUUUCCACAUCAAUAAUUUAUUCACUCAUCUAACUUUCAUGAAACACUUGCACUGUCCCAGGCCCUGUGCUAAGCACCAGGAAUACAAACAUGAGAUAAAGACCCUGCUCCCAGGGGACUCCCACUCUCCUGGGAACCACAGACCGUUAAUGUUGAAGUCAGAGUGGCAUGUGUGCUCUAGCAAGGCUUUCUGAAUAUUAGUAAGUCCAAGGAACCGUUAAGGAGAAAGGGGUGUUUGAUCAGAAUCCUCCAGAAUGGAAAGCUAGUCAAGCACAAAGCAAGGAACAGUAAGGAAAGGAGAAAGCUUGUGUAGAGGGCACAUUUGUUCAUAGCCUCGGCCCUUUCCCCCGGGGAACCAGGGUCCACCCAGAAUAUCCCAAGGUUCAAAGUCCUAUUUAAAAACACAAGGAAAGUGCAGGCCAAACCCUAAUUCACCCAUUGGUUCAAGCAUGCUUCCUCCUGAGAGCCACAGCAGCACGCGCAAUGCUCAGUCAGGUCCUUGCGUUCAAGGGUCUUAAGCUAGGACACAGGCAGAAAUCACUGUCUUUAGCGGAGGGAGUUGCUGAUGUUUUAUUUUCUUCCACAGGGUGUGCUGACAGAAGAAGGAAAUCAUUUCUAGAAAGUCAUAUCCAGAUGUGUUGUUUCCCCCUUGCCUGGGGACAGUUCUUCUCAUUUUAAACAAACAAACAAAAUUUAUGCUAUUUAUCCCAAGUUCUUGACUUGGGCACAGUAUGUUCCUGAGAUGUCAUCUUUGGAGGUUAACUGAAAGAAUCCCAAGGAAAAGGAUUUCCAUAAAACUCAAGAUGGUAAAAACUUAGAAAAGGCUAGUGAAAACCCAGGAAGCCUGGUGGGCAGAACCCACAAUGAGGCGCCUGUGUGCAGGUCUGGAUGAAGACCCAUCGUGCAUUAGUAUAGUAGAGUUUAGUAAACGUCUCUAGCCUGUUGUGUCAAUUUUGCAGAAAACAAGGCCCAGUACUAGUGUGUCUUAGAAGUCCUCCCUUUUUAUUAUAAAUGGGUGUUUUGUUUCGUUUUUUUAUAAUUUUUACUGAUGCUCAGUAACCAUGCAAAAUUGUGCACAUUAAUGUACUAAUUACUAGAUCUGUACUUAUCUAUACUCAGUAUAUCCGCUCACUGUAGAAAACCGCAGCUAGCGAGCAUCGCAGACGCACGAAGGCCAAGUGAUCUUGUUUACAGUAAUUGUUCAACAGUGCCAAUAAGUGACGAGGAAACUAACAUGUCACGGUGUAACUGGUGACCACGUGCACAAUUCCAUGAACUAAACCUGUUUCCUGUGUUAAUCGGUAUUCUUAAAUUAAAAUGUUUAUAAUGGAAA